AUUUUUAUUAAUAAAGCCCAAAAUAAGUCGGCCAGAGUGAGAUGAUACAUAACUGAACUCUACUCAACUAGCUAACCCUAACAAUGCUUCAAUUUCUCAUACUCCUUCCCUUCUUCCUCACACUCUUCUUCAUCUUCUUCCCCAAAUCAUCAAAGCUCCCUCCAGGGCCAUGGAAGCUUCCUCUCAUUGGAAACCUCCACAACCUCGCCGGCGACCUCCCCCACCGCGCGCUGCAGCGAUUAUCCCUCAAAUACGGCCCAUUGAUGCACGUCCGCCUCGGCCAACUCUCCGCCGUCGUCGUCUCCUCCCCCGACGCCGCCAGAGAAGUGCUCCGAACUCACGACGUCAAAUUCGCCACCAGGCCCCGAAUUGUGGUGGCGGAGAUCAUGCUGUACGGCUGCAACAGCAUCAGCUUCAGCCCUCCCGGCGAGUACUGGCGCCACCUGAGAAAGAUCUGCACGUCGGAGCUACUGACGGCGAAGCGCGUCCAGUCCUUCCGGUCGCUGCGGAAGCACGUCUUCUCCGACCUCGUCCGGCGGAUAGUUUCCAGCGAAGGAUCGCCCGUCGAUCUGACGGAGCUGCUGCACUCCACGAGCUACGACUACACCACCAGAACGGCGUUGGGAACGGAAACGGAAAAGCAUAAGAGGUUUCUGGCGAUCGUGACAGAGGCUUUCGGUCUGGCGACGGGAUUGGACAUCACCGAACUGUUUCCUUCGAUCAAAUUGCUGCAAAGAUUCAGCGGGCUGAGAAAUAGGCUGAUGGUUUUGCACCGGGAAGCCGACGCCAUUCUCGACGAGAUCAUCCGCCAACACGAAGAAUCCGAUCAGAAACAAGGGCAAGAAGAUCUGGUCGACGUUCUUCUGAAAUCUCGCCGGGACGCCGGAGUCGAACUCGCAUUAACAACAGACAACAUGAAAGCUAUAAUCCUGGACGUAUUGGGCGCCGGAAGUGAGACGGCAGCGGGAACCAUGGAUUGGGCGAUGGCGGAGAUGCUGAAAAAUCGACAAGUCCUAGAAAAGGCGCAAGAAGAAGUUCGACAGGUUUUCGACAAGCAAGGCGGCUUCAUCGACGAAUCGAGCAUUCCGGAGCUCAAGUAUUUGAAGCUAAUUAUCAAAGAAACUUUGAGAUUACACGCUCCGGUGCCGCUGCUGCUGCCGAGGAAAUGCGAGCAGAGAUGCGAGAUUAUGGGGUAUGAGAUCCCGGAGGAGACGAAGAUCAUGGUGAAUACCUGGGCUAUAAAUCGCGACCCAAAGUAUUGGUCGGAUCCCCAAAGCUUUAAGCCCGAAAGGUUUCUCGACAGCCCUGUUGAUUACAAAGGCAAUCAUUUUGAAUACACACCUUUCAGAUCCGGGAGACGCGUAUGUCUCGGGAUUGUCUUUGCUAUUACCAACGUCGAGCUCUCCCUUGCGUUGUUGCUCUACCACUUCUUCGACUGGAAAUUGCCGCAAGGACUGAAUCCGGAGGAGAUGAAAAUGACGGAAGGGGCUGGCCUUACGGCCCGGCGAGCAAAUCAUUUGUUUUUCGUUCUUCCCGUUGUGAAAAGGCCGUUGCUUGUUGAAUGAUCUAUUCUAUUCUAU